CCGGAUGCUUACGGAAUGAGUGCAGCUAGUGACCAAUGAGCUGCUGUCGUUUGUUAUUGUGCUGAAGAGGCGCUCGGUGCUGGAGCGAAUGAACAACGGGACCGCAUAUAUAUAAUUAUUUUGUUUAUUAACGUCUUAAUCUUGAGCCUGAUUUCGCUAUGCCGUACGCGAACCAGCCCACAGUGAAAAUCACGGAGCUGACUGACGAGAAUGUGAAGUUUGUGAUCGAGAACACGGAUCUCGCCGUGGCGAACUCAAUUCGACGUGUAUUCAUGUCAGAAGUCCCAACCAUUGCUAUCGAUUGGGUUCAAAUAGAUGCCAACUCCUCUGUGCUCCAUGAUGAGUUUAUUGCACACAGAGUGGGGCUAAUUCCACUCACAAGUGAUGACAUUGUUGACAAGUUGCAGUACUCACGAGACUGCACAUGUGAUGAUUUCUGUCCGGAGUGUUCGGUUGAGCUCACGCUGGAUGUGAGAUGUACAGAAGACCAGACGCGACACGUGACCUCACGAGAUCUGCUGUCUAAUAACCCCCGAGUCAUUCCUGUAACAUCCAGAAGCCGAGACAACGAUCCCAAUGACUAUGUGGAGCAGGACGACAUCCUGUUGGUGAAGCUGCGGAAGGGUCAGGAGCUGCGUCUCAGAGCAUACGCUAAAAAGGGUUUCGGGAAGGAGCACGCCAAAUGGAAUCCCACUGCAGGGGUGGCGUUUGAGUACGACCCAGACAAUGCGCUGAGACACACGGUGUACCCAAUUCCACAGGAAUGGCCUAAAAGUGAAUAUUCAGAAAUUGAAGAGGAUGGAGUUGAAGCUCUAUAUGAUCCUAAUGGCAAGCCAGAAAGGUUUUAUUACAACGUGGAGUCCUGCGGUUCACUUCGGCCGGAGACCAUCGUCAUGUCGGCUUUCGCUGUACUUAAGAAGAAGCUGAGUGAUCUGCAGACACAGCUCAGCCAUGAAAUUCAAAGCGAUGUGCUCACCAUUAACUGAUGUUAAAAUACUGCUUAUUCUGGAUCACGCUUUUGGGAAAAUAUAUUUUUUCAGCUGUUAUGUUUCUUUGCAUGAAACCAUGUUGUGGUGGAGAAUUCCAUGAAUAAUAAACACAUAAAAAUAUUGUUUCAUUA